AUGAACAACCAGAGUCGUGAGGAGAAUAAUUCAAACAACCCUCGUUUCACCUCCUCCCAUCAUCCAUUCCUUCAACCUAUAUUCCCACCAAAUCCCAAUCUUUUCACUCAACAAAAUCCAUCCUCUCAACCAAUUUUCCCUCCAAAUCCCGCCAUUUUUUCCCCAAAUCUCUCUUUUCAACCUGGAUUCCCUCCACCAUGGAUUCCUUUAAAUCCCUUCUCUCCUCAAUUAUAUCCAAUCAUUUCACCAUUUCCUCCAAGUACUUCAGAACAAACAUCAACAAAGGACCAAGAAUCACCCAAGUUGGAACAUGUUGACAAGUCAUCGGUUACCAAUAUCAACCCCAUCAAAUCACCCAAUCCUACCAGAGAAAUUGAAAAAACCUUUCAAAAUUCAAAGAGAGUCUUGGUGAUAAAAGAGCAACCACAAAUGAUAUGCAAACAUCCUUAUCAAAAACGUUCCAUGAUGGAACGUAUUGAUAAAUGGCGUAAAUUGAAAGGCGUUGGUGGUUUUGGUGGUUUCUCUAUCCCUCCAUACAUACCAAUGGCGCAAAUUAAAUUUUCGCCAUAUGAACACACUUUAAGUGAUCAUUAUAAGUGUGAGGAAGAAAGAGCAAAGAAAAAGAAGAAGAUUGCUUUUCAUUGGCAGAGAUUGGAAGUAUUGAAAGACGUAUCUACUGUUGAUAAAUUUGGAGACUUAUUAAGGACUGCUUAUUUGGAGCGUGGAAUUAGUGAGGGCCCUUUCAAACCCGCAGCCGCAGCAAACAGCCGAAAAGGACGGCUGCCAGCUCCUGCUGACUUCCCAAACUUUGUGGAAAUCCAGAAUCCUCCAGAAUCCGGAUGUUUACGGAUUUUGGCGGUUGUUUUUGGCUUUACAACGAAUAAAAUUUUUAACAAUAAAAAUGCAAAACAACAGCAACAACAACAAUUCCGAACAAGCUUUGGCAUGUUAUCCUUGAACGAAAUGAAUUCAAAUGUGGAGCUAGACAACCAAUCCACAUCAACUUACACCCACGAAACGAAUUCUGAUCUUCAUCUUCUCUAUGACUAUCUUACCGAUAUAAAAUUCACACCAUCAGACAUCAAUUCAGUAAUUCGUAUUUUUGAAGAAAAUGCUAUCAGAAGCAUUGCUGUUCUAAAUUUAUUUGAUGAUGAAGAGAUCAUGUCAUUUGCACUUCAUGUGAAGCAGUGA